AUGGCUUCAAGGAGACUCGCUCUGAACCUCGCUCAGGGCAUCCGCAGCCGAACUGCUGCCCCUGCCUUGAGCUCCCUGAAGCGAGGCUUCGCUACUCCCGUCUCGUCGCCUGCCGGCGCAAAGACCCAGACCACAACAUUGAAGAAUGGCCUGACCGUCGCUACCGAGUACUCGCCAUGGGCCCAGACCUCGACCGUGGGUGUAUGGAUCGACUCCGGUUCGAGAUCCGAGACCAACGAGACCAACGGCACUGCACACUUCCUAGAGCACCUUGCCUUCAAGGGCACGGCCAAGAGGACGCAGCAGCAAUUGGAGCUCGAGAUUGAGAACAUGGGUGGACACCUCAACGCAUACACUUCGCGCGAGAACACUGUCUACUUCUCCAGGGCAUUCAACGCCGAUGUCCCUCAGUCCGUCGACAUCCUUGCCGAUAUCCUCCAGAACUCCAAGCUCGAGCCCUCGGCCAUUGAGCGGGAACGCGAUGUCAUCCUGCGCGAGUCCGAGGAGGUUGAGAAGCAGCUCGACGAGGUUGUCUUCGACCACCUCCACGCCACCGCCUACCAGCACCAGCCCCUGGGCCGCACCAUCCUCGGCCCCAAGGAGAACAUCCGCGACAUUACCCGCACCGAGCUCACCAACUACAUCAAGACCAACUACACUGCUGACCGUAUGGUUCUCGUUGGUGCCGGUGGUAUCCCCCACGAGCAGCUCGUCGACCUUGCCGAGAAGCACUUCUCUGGUCUCCCCAUGACCUCGCCCCAGAACUCCGCCUACCUCCUGUCCAAGAAGAAGCCCGCCUUCAUCGGAUCUGACCUGCGCGUUCGUGACGACACCAUCCCCGCCGCCCACAUUGCCAUUGCCGUCGAGGGUGUUAGCUGGAACGAUGACGACUACUUCACCGCUCUGGUUACCCAGGCUAUUGUCGGCAACUACGACAAGGCCAUGGGCAGCGCUCCUCACCAGGGUAGCAAGCUCAGCGGCUUCGUUCACCAGAACGACCUGGCCAACAGCUUCAUGAGCUUUUCCACCAGCUACAGCGACACCGGUCUCUGGGGUAUCUACCUCGUUUCCGACAAGCUGACUGCCCUUGACGAUCUUGUCCACUUCACCCUCCGCGAGUGGUCCCGUCUUUCCCAGAGUGUAACCCAGCCCGAGGUUGAGCGCGCCAAGGCUCAGCUCAAGGCCUCGAUACUGCUCUCGCUCGACAGCACAUCCGCCGUUGCCGAGGAUAUUGGCCGUCAGCUCAUCACCACUGGCCGCCGCAUGAGCCCUGGCGAGAUUGAGCGCACCAUUGACCGCAUCACCGAGAAGGACGUUAUGGAGUUUGCCAACAAGAAGCUGUGGGACCAGGACAUUGCCAUUAGCGCUGUUGGCAGCAUUGAGGGUCUCCUCGACUACCAAAGAAUUAGAAAUGACAUGAGCCGGAACUUCUAA